CCAGAUGAUCAGCAGCGCAUUCACUGUCUCACCUGCACGUGCAGGAGUUUUUGUCUGCUGUCCAGGUGAUGAACAACACACAUCUUCAUCUUCAUCAGUGUUACCUGAAGGUCUGUAGCUGCUCAUGGAGUCUGACGCGUCCGGACGAGCUCCGGAGGAUGUUUCGGGUGUUGUGAAGCGUCAGGCGGUGAAGAGACACCAUCACAAACACAACCUCAAACACAGAUAUGACUUUCUGGAGACUCUUGGUAAAGGCACGUACGGACGAGUGAAGAAAGCCACGGACCGAUCCGGCAGAACGGUGGCCAUCAAAUCCAUCCAUAAGGACAAAAUCAAAGACGAGCAGGACUGGAUUCACAUUCGUCGUGAAAUCGAGAUCAUGUCGUCACUCAGUCACCCGCACAUUAUUAGCAUAUAUGAAGUGUUUGAGAAUAAGGAUAAGAUCGUGAUCGUGAUGGAGUACGCGAGCAAAGGAGAUCUGUACGACUACAUCAGCGAUAGACAGACGAUCACCGAGACAGAAGCAAGACAUUUCUUCAGACAGAUCGUCUCUGCUGUCCACUACUGUCACAGGAACGGGAUUGUCCAUCGCGACCUAAAGUUGGAGAACAUCCUGCUGGACAGCAACGGCAACAUCAAAAUUGCCGACUUCGGGCUGUCCAACCUUUACCAGGGUGAUAAAUUCCUGCAGACGUACUGCGGCAGUCCUCUGUACGCUUCCCCAGAGAUCGUGAACGGAAGGCCGUAUAGGGGACCAGAAGUGGACUGUUGGUCUCUCGGCGUUCUGCUCUACACGCUUAUACACAAAGCCAUGCCUUUUGAUGGACAAGACCACAAUAACCUGGUCCAACAGAUCAGCACCGGAGACUACCGCAAACCCACCAAACCAUCUGAUGCGUGUGGUUUGAUCCGCUGGAUGUUGAUGGUGAACCCCGAGCGUAGAGCUACACUAGAGGAGAUCGCUGGCCACUGGUGGCUCAACUGGGGUUAUCAAAACCCCCUACUGUCCCAGAAUGAGUGCGCAGCAGCUGUCCAUCAGGCAGCCGGACAUGCGUGUCAAACUGGUGGUCCAACCCGCAUUGCGGACUGGCUGCGCCGCACCUCUCGUCCUCUUCUUGAGAGCGGAUCAAAGAUGCGCUGCCUGUUGCGGUCAGGCGGGGGCGCUGGAGGCGAGACGGUGACGCGUCAGCGCUCCAUACGCAGGUCACGCAAAGAAAACAAUGUUUCGCAGACCAUGCAGGAAGGCUCCGCCCCUCGCCCCUCAAAAGGAAUUCUGAAGAAGCGGGGAAGUCUGAAACAGAAACUGUCCGGUGACACCCAGGCUACGCCUUUGGAGGAGAAAAGUCCCAACACUUUCGCAUUUAGCUCGACGUCUGCGGUGCCGUCUGCCCUGCCUCCGCCCCCUAAAGGGAUCCUGAAGAAGCCACCCAAAAGAGAGUCGGGCUAUUUUUCAUCCUCCCCAGAGAGCGGUAACUCCAGCCAGACACUUCUGUGCCCGUCGCCCGCGCAGGGCCGUAAGGGAAUCCUCAAACGUCACGGCAAGUUUUCCGGUGGCUUGCAGGAAUUCGGCUCGCUGGAUCAACUUGCACCUACCUUACCCACCGUGACCAGUAGACUCCGACCGACUGGAGCAAUCAGCGAGGACAGCAUCCUCUCCUCAGAGUCCUUCGACAGACUCGACCUACCUGAUUGCGAGAUUCCAGUCGCCAAAAUGGAACGUCCAACAGGGGGCAACAGAAUGCGAGGAUGCGUUUCUGCCGACAAUCUUCUUGACUUGAGGGACGUCAGUCCCGCUCAACGGCAGGGACAUUGGGACAUGGACAUCGCCUCAUACCGCGCAGGGGCGUCCCACAGCUCGUUCUCAAUCGCUGACUGUGAGAACGUUACUCAGAAUUACAAACAAGCUUCAUGUGUCGCCGCAAGCUGAGGUGCUGGGUGCAAAAUCUCUUGUCAGAGACGAUGAACCUUUGUGUUCAAAAAUGCAGACGGUUCUCAGGGGGGUCACAAGGAAUUGACGCAUUCUGGAGAUUUAAGGAUGGGCAGGAAACAGACCUCUGAGGCCUGUUAAGGAGAUGCAUUUCAUUCUGAUGGAAGAACAGCUUGUAAUGUUGCAUUUCAACUCUGUUUGCAACAUGUAAUACAAUGGCUUUUAUAAUGUAGACUGGAAUUGACAAAAGUGCCAUUUUGUUUUUAUCAACUGACCUGCUCCCAUUGAUGAACAACGUAUUUGUUACCAUAUUAACUGUGAUUUUUAAACGAUUGUUUAGGGUGUUGGUUUGUUAAAAAGUACCAAAGACGAUUAUCUACAGUUCUGUUUGUUUUAAAGACCCCUGAAUAGUGUCUGUUGAUUGCACAAAUGUACGCAACGAAGACAACAGCAGGUCACAGUAGCGUAAAGACGUACGAUACUGGAGACCGAACGUGCAGAACAACACAAUGUUCUGAAGGUACAAAAAUAAGGCCGGUUUACUAGAGCGCCUUCCCACCAAUUUGACUGCUACAACAAGUCAAAAACUCAGACGGAGAUAAUCAGCUAUUGUUUGUUUAUGAAGUCUGGACUUUCGUAUCGUCUCAGUUUCACGAUAAGAUAUAAAUUGUGCAGAUACGAGCUUUUAAACUGUACUUCCACGUAGCUGUUUAUUUUGCCCUGAAAACUAUUGUCCUCAAACAAUUUUGGGACGUAUAGUAUUUAGAUGCAUGAAAAACAUCUGGAUAUAAACAUGUGUUUACUUAUAUUUAUUAAAGGGAUGGUUCACCCCAAAAUGAAAAUGGCAGAAUCUUUUUAGGGCAAGUUCAAUGAGAAAUAAAGUCUGUUAUUUCAGUCAUAAUAGUGUCAUGUCAGGGUGUUUGAUGGUUCAUCAUACAGUAUUUGUAAUCGUAUCUGUCAUCAAAGCGGCAGUGCUGUGGUUUCGGCUGUAAUCUCUGUGGGUUUGUGGGGUGUUUAGAUUUUGUUUGUUUGAGUUUCUGCGUGUUUGUUUGCCAAAGUGCCUGAUCUGCACUGAUGUUUCUUUCAAUCAGUGGACCAAUAAAACAACAGAAAUUAAA